GGCAACUGUGAUUAGGCAGAAAGUGAAAAGAGCGGUACACAUUGUAGAAAUGUUGACUCAUGUAAUGAAUCCAGUAGUUAAUAAUAUGGAGUUUGAAAAUUCAGCUGAUUGGAUGAAUGCAGAACUUUCCACAGGAACUUCAAUCAUGGCAGUAGAAUUCAAUGGUGGUGUUGUGAUUGGCGCUGAUUCUCGAACAACAAUGGGGUCCUACAUUUCCAAUCGUGUGACAGAUAAAUUGACAAAAGUGACAGAUCAUGUCUACUGUUGCCGUUCAGGAUCAGCAGCUGACACGCAAGCUAUUGCAGAUGCAGUUAGAUAUCGAUUAGAUAUGCUUGGUAUGGAGUUGGGUGAACCAGUGACAGUAAAAACAGCAGCUAAUGACUUCAGACAAAUUUGUUACAAUUACAGAGAAUCCUUAAGUGCUGGUAUAAUUGUUGCAGGCUGGGAUAGAAAGCUUGGAGGCCAAGUAUAUAGUGUGCCUUUGGGAGGUAUGAUAUCCCGUGAAAGCGUUUGUAUUGGCGGUUCAGGUAGUGGAUAUAUUUAUGGCUUUAUUGAUGAACAUUAUAAGCCUGGUAUGGAUCAGAAGGCUUGCCAUGACUUUGUUGCACGUGCCUUGGCCCAUGCAAUGUGGAGAGAUGGAUCUAGUGGAGGUGUCAUUCGAAUAGGUAUUAUUACUGAAAAAGGCAUGGAGAGGCAUAUGAUUUCAGGAGAAAAUGUGCCUAAAUUUUACAUUGGAAAAUAAUUCUUAAUUUUGUAUAACUGUGCACUAUGUUAUAUGAAAAGAAUAGUUUUGUCUUUUUUUCUGGUGUAAUUCAUUUGUUUUGAUUUUCUGUGUGAUUCUUAAAAUAAUAUAUAUUUAAAUUAG